UAUGUCUGAUCAUAAUCCCGUUAGCCCAACAUCGGAAAUUGUUACUGAUGAUGAGGAAGUGAAUUCUCCUCAUAUUGAUCCUGUUUCAUCCCCUGCAAGUCAUGCUCCAUUUGAAGAUGAAAAUGAAAUUCUUGGAGAUGAAAAUCUGGAAGAAGAAGAAGAUGGAGAAGAGUUGUUCAAUGAUAAUUUAGAAAGAGAUUAUCGAGCAAUUCCAGAGCUAGAUAAAUAUGAUGACGAAGUUCUUGAUGACUCUGAGUUUUCACAGCUUGAUCCAAGUGAUCGACUGGCGGCAGAAAGAGAAAUGCGAAAGAGAGAUCGAGAUGAAGGUAGAGGACGACUUCGUCAUGAUAUACUAUAUGAUGAUGAAGACGAAGACGAUGACAGGCCAUCCAGGAGAAGGCGAAUUGCAGAGAGGGCAGCUGAUCAAGACGAAGAUGAAGAAAUGUAUGAGAGUAUUGACCAUCUGGAAGAUACUCGAGGUCAUCCAGUUCGCAUUUGGGUAACGAUGGAAGCAACAAAACAGGAAAUAAUGAAUCGAUUCAAAAAUAUACUAAGAACUUACUUAAAUCAACAAGGGAAAAAUUAUUUUAAGGAGAAGAUUAAGGCUAUGGUUGAAGCUAACAAGAAAAGUUUGCAAGUCGAUUAUAAUAUUAUUGCAAAUGAAGAACAAGCUAUUGCAUACUUCCUUCCUGAAGCUCCUGCUGAAAUGUUAACAAUUUUCGAUCAAGCCGCCUCCGACAUUGUAUUCUCUAAUGCCAUGUAUCCAAAUUAUAAGAAAAUCCACAAUGAAAUACAUGUGAGAAUAUCUAAUUUACCAUUGGUAGAAGAAUUGAGAACUUUAAGGCAAGUUCAUUUGAAUCAAUUAAUCAGAACAACUGGUGUAGUAACAUCAUGUACCGGAGUUUUACCACAACUUUCCGUUAUCAAAUACGAUUGCGUUAAAUGCAACUAUGUUAUUGGUCCUUUCUAUCAAAAGCAAGAACAAGAAGUAAAGCCAGGAGUGUGUCCUGAAUGUCAGAGUAGCGGCCCUUUUGAAAUUAAUAUGGAAGAAACGCUGUAUAAAAACUAUCAGAAAAUUACAGUACAAGAAAGCCCUGGAAAAGUUCCUGCAGGUCGUUUGCCUCGAUCAAAGGAUGCUGUGUUAUUGGAUGAUUUAGUUGAUACUUGCAAGCCCGGAGACGAAAUUGAAUUAACUGGAAUUUACUGCAAUAACUAUAGUGGCUCGUUGAACACUUCUAAUGGUUUUCCUAUCUUUGCAACCGUUCUACAAGCCAAUAAUAUUGUAAAGAACGACGACAAAAUGGCAAUUGGAGCACUGACAGAAGAGGAUGUCAGAAUGAUAAUUAAACUUUCAAAAGAUGAGAGAAUAUCGGAAAGAAUAUUCUCGAGUAUUGCUCCUUCAAUCUAUGGUCAUGAAGAUAUAAAGCGAGCGUUGGCCUUGGCCAUGUUUGGUGGUGAGCCCAAGAAUCCAGGUGGAAAGCAUAAGGUGCGUGGAGAUAUUAACAUUCUUUUGUGUGGGGACCCGGGUACUGCCAAGUCUCAGUUUUUGAAAUAUGUGGAAAAGACUGCUCCAAGAGUAGUAUUUACUACCGGUCAGGGAGCUUCGGCUGUAGGUUUGACAGCGUACGUUCAACGAAAUCCUGUUUCAAAAGAGUGGACUCUGGAAGCUGGUGCUUUGGUAUUAGCAGAUAAAGGAAUAUGUCUAAUUGACGAGUUUGAUAAAAUGAAUGACGCUGAUAGGACAUCUAUACAUGAAGCUAUGGAACAGCAAAGUAUUUCAGUUUCAAAAGCGGGUAUUGUUACAUCACUCCAAGCUCGUUGCUGCGUUAUAUCAGCUGCCAAUCCGAUUGGAGGUCGAUACGAUCCUUCAUUAACUUUUGCUGAAAACGUUGACUUGACCGAACCUAUUCUUUCGCGUUUUGACGUUCUUUGUGUCGUAAGGGAUACUGUUGAUGCAAUUCAAGAUGAAAGACUUGCUCAAUUUGUUAUAACGAGCCAUGUACGUCAUCAUCCAAAUACUGAAAUAAAUGAAGAAACCGUCGAGCUACCAACAAACUCAGAUGUGGAAAAGAUACCUCAGGAAGUUCUUAAAAAGUAUCUGAUAUAUGCAAGAGAAAAGAUUCAUCCUAAACUCAAUCAAAUGGAUAAAGAUAAAGUAGCUAAAAUGUACUCAGACUUAAGACGAGAAUCUAUGGCUACUGGUAGUAUACCUAUAACCGUAAGGCACAUUGAGUCUGUUAUUAGGUUAGCCGAAGCUAAUGCCAGAAUGCAUUUACGUGAAUAUGUUAACGAAGAUGAUGUUAACAUGGCUAUUCGUAUUAUGCUUGAAAGUUUUAUAUCUACUCAAAAGUUCAGCAUAAUGAAAGGCAUGAGAAAGACAUUCUCAAGAUACUUGUCAUUCAAACGUGACAAUAACGAGCUUCUCCUGUUCAUACUCAAACAAUUGGCUCAAGAUCAAUUGGUAUUUCAAAGAAAUCGUUAUGGAGAAGGCAAUCAAGAUGUUAUAGAAGUCUCCGAAAAGGAUUUUGCUGACAAAUCCAAGCAAAUCAACAUUCACAGCUUGUCCAAUUUCUACAACAGUGAUCUUUUCCAUGAACACCGUUUCAGAUACGAUGCAAAGAAGAAGAUGAUUAUACAAACACUUUAG